AGAUUGGGCAAGUAAAUUCUUCUAUAAAAGUCUCAGGUACUCCUAUUCCAAAAGUUAGUAUUGACUACAAACAUGAAGCUUUUAAUUGUUGUAUUGGCUAUCAGCAGCGCUGUUUCGGCCGAGAGGAUUGAUGUCCGUGCUGGUCUGGGACGUAGUAUAUCUACUCAAGCUAUUGAUGCUUUGGAAAAACUGCGAGAGCAAAUGCCAUGUGGUUUCCCUAAAUAUGGCAUACCACCACUUGCCCCAUUCAAGGUUCAACACAAAGAACUGGCCCUUAAGACUGAUUCCUUUAGUGUCGAUGGAGAAGUCAACGAGGCACGUAUCGACGGUCUUGACUCAUACAAAAUUGAAGAUCUCAGAAUCAAUAUUAUCUUGAGCAAAGUCACUUUCAAAUUGGUUUUUCCCAGCAUUAAGACUACGAGUUUAUAUGACUUAGAAACAUUGGCAAAAGCUUUUGGAUUCACUUUGGAGAUCAAAGGAAAAGGCAAUUUUUUGUUGGAGUUGAAGGAUCUUGAAAUCAGUGGCACCAUCAAGUAUUCUAUACUGGGAGGAAUUAAAUUAAGAACGUGUACAAUUAAGGUAUUACUUGGAGAUGUCGAAUCGAAGAUUGAUGGAAUUCUGGGAGAUGGAUUUGGCAAUCGAAAAAUGAAUGAACUAAUUGAAGAAAUGAUAUCCUUGGCAAUUAAUGACAAUCAAGGAUUUAUUACAGACAAAAUUGAAGAAUUUACAGUAAAGCAUGUCAAUGAAGCUGCGGAAGGAUACACUUUGGCUGAUAUUAUUGGAAUCAUAGGUGGUGGAGGAGAAGGUGAAUCAGAGAAGUGUAUUCCACCAGAAGAUAAUUGAAAAAUUGUCACCUUAACAAAUGUAUUAUUAUUCGAUUUUAUUGAGCUAAAAUAAAAUUAUAAGUUAUAA